CGGCUGUUUUUCUAACAGUCCAGGUCAUGACACGUGGUCAUUUUUCCUCUCUGUGUCCUCGUUUUCCAGCCUGACCAUGCUCGCCGGGGAGAGAUCAUGACUUCACUGAACGCCUCCGACGCCAUGGCCUCCCUGUCCUUCCCCAUCUCCUCUCUUGAGAAAAAUGUUUCCUCCUCUGUAACCCUUGACCCCUCGUCCUCCCCCGUGUCCUUCCCCACCUUGUCCUCCACCCUGCUGCCGUCCUCCAAUUGCACCAGCGCGGCGUCGCCCUCCUCUCCCCCGUACAACUUCUACGCCGUGCUGCUGGUCCUCCUGAUCUUCUGCGUGGUGUUCGGUAACGUGCUGGUCUGCAUAGCCGUGUCGCGGGAGCGCGCCCUGCAGACGACCACCAACUAUCUCAUCGUCUCCCUCGCCGUGUCCGACCUGCUGCUGGCCACCCUGGUCAUGCCCUGGGGCGUCUACCUGGAGGUGUGUUGUGCACAUUUCUGUCUAUUUCUUAGGAAAGAUCAUUGUUUUGGUUUAAUUGAAGGAGAGAGUAAAGGGAGCUGAGAAGUGGAUGUUUCUCCUCAAGUUUGUGACAUUUAGAGCGUUAAGGGAUUUAAAAACAACAUAGCGUUAUUUUACAGCUGCCUUUAAUUAAAAAAAAAUAUUUUGCAAGUUUAAAGUGUGUAUUUUUGACAAAGGCAAUCAAUGGUUUACUCCAGAAUUGAAAUAUAAACUUGUGUUAAUAUUUUGUUCUGUUAAAAC